AUGUCACCGUCUGGACUCUCCGAACUACGCAAGCUUUCCAACAUCAUCAAUGACGCUGUCGACCACAUUGAACAUACUCUGUCUGCUCGUUCCGUCGAUUUCCCUUCCCUCAACUCGACGUACACCGAGGAAGACGAGGAGAUACGCGCAACACCUGCAAUUGCCGAUGCUAUCACUGCUAUCGUUGCUGCUUCAGAGCAGCUCGCGAUGGUAACACGAUCCCCAAGCCUCACCAUUUUGGACAUAUCGUUCAAGUUCCAUCUCUGUGCUGCUCUGCGGGUCGCAUUGGAAGCCGAUGUCGCGGAGUUCCUAAGGGAACAUGGCCCAUCGAGUGUCGAGACCAUCGCAAAGCACAAGGCCGUGGACCCAUUGAAACUAGGACGUAUCCUUCGGAACUUGGCGACAAACCAUAUCUUCAGAGAAGUCUCCCCUGACGUCUUCGUGAACAAUAGGCUGUCUAGCACGCUCGACUCGGGCUGUUCUUGUGAUCAACUUCUCAAGGACCCAUCCGCGAAGCUGGUCCGCUUUCCGGCCAUCGUCAGUUUCAUGCUUGACUCCUCUUUCAAAGGCAGUGCAUAUCUGGCGGAUGUACUUCUGGAUCCCGCGACUUCGCACUCGACGAGCCCAAAUAACGCAGCUUUCAGCAAGGCCUUCAACUACGACGGACCUUUCUGGGAUCUCUUAGAACUUCCGGGGAGUGAGCGCCAGAGAGAACGGUUUGGAGCUGCUAUGCAUGGGAUCGCCGCGCUCGCACAUCCCGACUCGAUUCUUGAAGUGUUCGACUGGGCCUCGCUGCCAAUCGGGAGCCUCGUGGUUGAUAUAGGAGGUGGUAUUGGUACUCAGAUGGUCAUUCUGGCGCGCAAGUUUGAUGGUCUUAGGCUGCUUGUACAAGAAAGAGAGGCUGUAUGUGCCGACGCUUCGAAGUAUGUGAUGCAGGAGUUCCCUUCGGCUGUGCAGGAGAGCAGACUACGAGUUCAGGCGCACGACUUCUUCGAGCCCCAACCAGUCGAAGAUGCGGCCGUCUUCUAUCUGAGGCAUGUCUGUCACGACUGGCCUGACUCGUUGGCUGUGAAGAUUCUUCGUCGUCUUCGCGAGGCUGCACGGCCGGACACAAAGCUGAUAUUGCACGACUCAAUCAUGCAACAUACUUGCGUCGAGGGAAGAGACGGUUCUGGCAUCAAAGAUCUUCCACCCACUGCUCCUGAGCCCCUCCUUGCGAACUGGGGCCGAGCGAACUCGGAGAUGUAUAAUAUGGACAUGCAGAUGAUGGCUGUGUAUCAUGCACAGGAACGUACCUCGACGCAGUUUCGGGCAUUACUCGCACAGAGUGGAUGGGAAGUAGCCCAGGUAAACUACGGUAGUCGCCCAAUGGCCAUCGCGAACCAUUCCAUCAUCGCGUUACCCAAGUAG